AACUAUAAAAGAGCGUACUGUCCCUCUCUGCCUCUCUCACACAGUCGGUGUGCUUGCUGGAAGGGACAGUCCAGAGGAAACUGGGAUUUAAACUGUCUACACCACCUGCCUUCUGCUUGGGAAAUUCCAAUAGAGACUUUGGAAGAACAUCUUGAAAGAAGCACUUCUCACCAAAGCAUUUAGCUGUAAUCUGUCAAAAACUCAUUAAUUUCAUUAGAUCUGCAACAGAAGUUGACUUUAGUGUCCAACAACAUAUCGCAGAAACCAUGAGCAGCAACUACAGCGUCAUUCUGUUGGGCCCCGCCCCCUGGGGCUUCAGGCUGCAAGGAGGAAAGGACUUCAACAUGCCCCUCACCAUCUCGAGGCUGACGAACGAUGGGAAGGCAGCUAAAGGCGGCAUAGCUGUUGGAGACGUUGUGCUUUCUAUUGAUGGGAUCUCUACAGAUGGCAUGAACCACCUGGAGGCCCAGAACAAAAUCAAGAACUGCUCCAGCAACCUCAGCCUUACCCUGCAGAAGGCCUCCAGUGUUCAGAAACCACCUCCCGUGACACCUAAGGACGACAGAUUAGACAUCAUAAAACCAGUCGCCAUUACCCACCCAGCUCCUCCACCCCACCCCCACCCACACUGUUCUGUCUCCUACAACAAGGCCCCCAGACCCUAUAGAGGUUGCAGCUCUGACAGCCAGUACUCUCCAUCACGGUCACUUUUAGCCACAGCCAUCCCCUCUCCAUCCUCAGCAUUCACUUCUGCAUCGUCCCGAGCCAGUCCUCCUGCCGACCCUCCUCUUUCUCCCCCUUUGGUUUCUUAUCCAUCCUCUGCCUCGUCCUCCCCCCCUGUCCUUGUCCCACCUCAACCAUCCGUGUAUAACACACCAAUCAACCUCUACUCCACUGAAAAUGCAUGUGAAGUGGCCAUGGGCCAGAGGCGGGGCCUAUUGGAGAGUCAGAACAAAAACUUACCACUUCAGUUUAAUGGAGCUCCCAGGAAACAUAUUGUGGACACAGACAUCCAUUUUUACCAUGUACCUUCUCACGGGGACGCAAGCAGAAAGCGGAUAAUGGAGGACACAGAAGACUGGCGGCCACGCUCAGGCACCACCCAAUCGAGAUCCUUUAGGAUCCUGGCUCAGAUAACAGGCACCGAGAGCGCUCAAAAAGAGGAAGAUGAUUCAGCCAAGAAGAAUAAUGGGCAGAGUGAGGAGCCAGAGCUGAACUCUCAUGAGUGUGCUGUUGUGAAGACUAUGAUCAAAAGACCUCCUCCAACCCGGAUUCAAUCAGGCCACAGUCCACACACAGGUUUGAUUACUCCAACCUUUGGGAUAAAAGGUAAUGAGGUCCAAAGGGGUCCCGUCCCAGCCCGACCUGUGCCUCAGCCUCACCCCAAAGACGAGGACUCCCUGGUCCAGAUGGCAGAACAUAUCCCUGCUGGAACUCGAACUCCCAUGUGUGCCCACUGUAACAUUGUGAUCAGGGGGCCGUUUUUGGUAGCGAUGGGAAAAUCAUGGCAUAAGGAGGAAUUUAACUGUGCUUACUGCCGCACGUCUCUGGCAGACAUAGGCUUUGUGGAAGAGAAUGGAUGUGUGUACUGUGAGCACUGCUAUGAAGAGUUCUUUGCUCCAACAUGCAGCCGCUGCCAGGCCAAAAUACUGGGGGAGGUGAUAAAUGCCCUAAAACAGACUUGGCAUGUCUACUGCUUCUUGUGCGUCACCUGUCAGCAGCCGAUCAGGAACAACACCUUCCACCUGGAGGAUGGAGAGCCUUACUGUGAGCAGGACUAUUACAGUUUGUUUGGGACCAGCUGUCAUGGCUGCGACUUUCCCAUUGAGGCUGGGGAUACGUUCCUGGAGGCGCUUGGUUACACUUGGCAUGACACCUGCUUUGUUUGUGCUGUGUGCUGUUCCACACUGGAGGGUCAGACGUUCUAUUCAAGAAAAGACAAACCUCUUUGCAAGAAACAUGCCAAUACACUUAAAAUAUGAAUCCUGGACCUUCAUGUCCUCUCUGCUGCCAUCUUCUUUCUUGCAGGAGAGACUCCUAUAAGGCUUAGCUUAAGUAAGAAUAGUAGUUGAGCAUUAGUCAUUCCUGCAUGUUGGCGCAUUGUCCUUUGCUAAAAAGAACAAGGCUUUUAGGUUGAUUCUGAAUCUCCAUUUUUGACUAUUCUUUUUUUUUACAGAAGAAUGACAGAGCUCUUGAAAUAUAUAUUAUAUGCUUAAUGGAUUUAAUGCACUCAUCCGUAGGACAGUUUGACUGUUGAAUGGAGCAGGGCAUGUGUGACAUACUGUCUCUGUAUACUGGAGAUUUUUUUCUUAAUACUUAUUUUAAUCUUGAGUCUACAAUCCACAAGUAUUAUAAAUUAUAUGUUCAUAGUUGUGCUGUAGGAAGGCUGUGCAAGAGAGAUGGGUUUGAAAUAAUCUAACUUGCUUUAUAUGCUGAUAAUAAAAUAGGUUAUCACAACAAAACUGUAAUAAACGACAGCAGAGGAUGCAUUCCUCUGUGUGACUGCAGAGUAGACAACACAAUGUAAAACGUCCCUUUAAACAUAUUUAAUCAUAUUUAUUUCAUCAAAAAACUUAGACCGCUGAACUCUGAGGGUUGCCGUUAUCCUAUUAGUUUUCAUACAUGUUAAUUCUUUUUAAGAAUGCCGUCUCUUUGCAGAUAUAUUUUUUUCUUUUUCUGAAGGAGUGAACCAAAAACAAAUAGUUUGUGAGACCUGCGCCAAUGCAAAAACAUAUUUGUGCAUUCCUUGUCAUCUAUAUGUUGCUUGACCAUUUCACAAACAGCAACUAUAACACUGGAGUUGACUUAAACUUACAAUAUAGUAGCAGUGUUUGAUAGUGGGCAAUUGCAGCUGCUGUCUCCAAGUAACUCAGUUACUAGAACUUGAUGGUUUUAUGUUAAUAUUGGCAUUUCCUCAAAUUAAACCAAAAAUAAAAAAAUGAAAUUGCCAGUGAAUUGCUGCAUCAAAAUUUAAAAUAUGCAUAGUUAAUUUAUAAAUGGCCAAGAUUUACCUUAAAAAAACAACUAAAGUAUAUGGAGUAGUUUGUUACAAAAGUCUUCAGCCAUCCUUAUUUGUGCAAAAUAGCAGACUGUAGUUGAGCUCUGUCUUUCUAUAAAAUCUUCCAUGCAGGUUGUUUCAACCUUUUUUUUAAUCAGUGUCAAUUCAAAUAUUGUUCCUAAACCAUGAAAUGAAACAUCAAUGCGUGAAUGAAUAAAAUGAUUAAAUGGCCACUGUCAAGUGAUGAACCUGUCUUUUGUUUUUUACGUAACCAUUUGUUACCAGCAACCUUUCAAAGAAAUGUCUAAUAUUCUUCCAUUACCUUAAUUACAGUUAUUCAAAA